AUGUCUUCCCUUACAUCAAUCACGAGGCUCAUUGCCCUCCUCUCCAUCACGGCCAACAUCAACGGUAACCCCAUUGAACCGAGUCUCGACAACCGUGAUGGCUCUGACCGCCAUUACCCUCACCCACCACACGACCCUCCCCACACCCCAUAUCCAGUGGCAUCGAGCACUGCUAGCCUCGAAGCCCGUGAUCCCCAAUGGAGUCAUGGCCCUAAUGUCCAUGAUAACCACCACUACCCACACCCUCCACACGACACACCUCCGUCAAUCACCGUCACGCCCACAACCACAACAACGGCAGCACCAACCGUCACACCUCCCUCCAUCGUCUCAGUACCCAUUAUCUCUAGUUUUGAGACAAACAUCGAUCUUGGAGUGACUCAGCAGCCGCGCGGUCCCGGCCGGUCGCUUCCAGUUCAGCCUACUACUUUCGCUGCGGUCGUCAAACGGGCUUAA